CAGCCUGGAAGGCCGUUGACGUGUGCCUCACCUGCAAAGCUUCCAGCUUACUCCCACUCCCCAUCUAUUUUCCCUCUUCUCUUCUAUCUUCUCUCCCAUCAUUUUUUGGUAGGCUUUUCAUUUUGCGGUCCUAGGUAUAGACCUGUGCCCUUCCAUCACCCUCGUGGGCCGAUUCAGCUAUCCUAAAGCUCCGUUGAAGCUGUCGCCUCAUCCCUCUAGCGACAACAUAAUCCGUCAGAGAUGGUUGGACUUGCUUCGGCCGCUGGCCUCGUUGGCUUUCUUUCUGAGCCAGACGCCGAGUUGAGAGUUUUCGCUUUAAAGACUUUAGAUUCUCAGAUCGACUUGCUCUGGACAGAAGUGGUGGAUGCUGUUCCGCAAAUAGAGGCUCUUUACGAAGAUGAGACGUUCCCAGAACGCGAGCUCGCGGCUUUAGUCGCCGCUAAAGUUUACUAUCACCUUCAGGAAUAUAAUGAGAGUAUGGUAUUUGCGCUUGGGGCGGGAAAGCUGUUCAAGUUAGACAAUGGGGGAGAGUUUGAGGAAACUAUUAUUGCUAAAUGCGUCGACACCUUCAUCUCACUCUCCGCUGCCCAGCGCCCUGCCACUGGUGACCAGCCGGCCAACCUUAACACUGCCUUCCCAACUUCCAGCGAAGGUGCUACAAGCACUUCUGCCAGCUUAACGUCCCCGAUCACGCCGUUUUCGCAGUCGGCUUUGCCUUCAAAGUCACUGCUUUCCCGACAAGAAGUACCAGGCGUCGAUGCGUCUUAUUCUGGUGGAGAUGAUGCCAGCGUCAACCAGGUUGAAACGCCACUCGUCCUCAAGAGAGGUGUUCAAGGCCAGUUGCAGGCCGUUGUCGAACGUCUGUUUGAGCAAUGCUUUGUUCAAAAGCGGUAUCGCCAAGUGAUCGGUAUUGCCAUUGAAGCGAAGAGCUUGGAUGUACUUCGGCGAGCCAUCAUUCAAGCAAGUGAAGAUGAAAAGAAAUUGAACGGCGAAUCUCGAAGGAGUGAAGAGCUGAUGGAAUAUGUACUGGACAUUUGCAUGGGCAUUGUGCAGGAGCGUGCUUUCCGUAAUGAGAUUCUCAAACUCAUUUUGGAGCUCUUGAAUGAGAUCCCCAAUCCCGAUUACUUCUCGAUUGCCAAAUGUGUCGUGUACCUCAACGAACACUCUAUGGCAUCUGUCAUUCUCCGCCAGUUAGUCGAGAAGGGCGACGCACGAUCCCUCGCUGUAGCCUACCAAAUCUCCUUUGAUCUUUAUGAUAACAGCACGCAAGAAUUCCUCCAGAAGGUCCGCCAAGAAAUUGCCGAACUUGUGCCAGAGGCAGAGGCUGAGGAAAAGGAGGAUGCGGCGGAAAAUGAUCAGGAACCGAAGGAGUCCGAUCCUUUAUUAGAAGACCAGUCCAGCUCUACACAGCCUAAGUCUAUCGGAGCUAACGACGAUAAAUCUAAGCUCUCAACUGAAUCACAGUCGGCAUUUAGGAAUAUUCUCGAUAUCCUUGACGGCAUUAAGAGUAUUCAACUAAACUUGGAAUUCCUGUACAGAAACAAUAAGGCUGAUAUCGCUAUCUUGAAUAAGAUCCGGGAUAGCCUGGAAGCCCGGAACUCCAUCUUCCACACUGCUGUCACACUCUCCAAUGCGUUCAUGCAUGCCGGCACCACGCACGACAAGUUUUUCCGAGACAACUUGGAAUGGUUAGGAAAGGCUGUCAACUGGUCCAAGUUCACAGCCACGGCUGCUCUCGGUGUCAUCCAUCGUGGUAACCUGAGUCAAGGCCAAAAGCUCCUACAGCCAUACCUUCCAAGGGAACAUAUCGCUGGUGUCGGGGGAUCGGGCUCGGUCUAUAGCCAAGGUGGAUCGUUGUAUGCCUUCGGUUUGAUAUAUGCCAACCAUGGCGGCAUGGCAGUUGACCUUAUCCGCGAUCACUUCAAGAAGGCGACUGAGGAAGUUGUUCAGCAUGGUGGAGCUUUGGGUCUAGGUGUUGCCGGCAUGGCGACGGGGGAUGAAGGUAUCUACGAAGACUUGCGAAACGUCUUGUACACUGAUUCUGCCAUCAAUGGAGAGGCUGUCGGUCUGGCUAUGGGCUUGGUCAUGCUGGGAACUGGUAACAUGAGGGCUCUAGAGGACAUGAUUCAGUAUGCCCAUGAGACGCAACACGAGAAGAUUGUUCGCGGCCUUGCUAUGGGAAUGGCCCUGAUCAUGUACGCCCGCCAGGAGGCCGCCGAUGAACUGAUCAAUGGCCUCUUGGGUGACCCCGAUCCCACUCUCCGUUACGGUGGUAUCAUGACCAUUGCUCUCGCCUAUUGCGGGAGCGGUAGCAACAAGGCUGUCCGUAAGCUCCUCCAUGUUGCUGUCAGCGAUGUCAACGAUGAUGUGCGACGUAUCGCGGUGCUUAGCUUGGGCUUCAUCCUUUUCAGAAAGUACCAGAGCGUACCCCGUAUGGUAGAACUCCUCUCGGAGUCCUAUAACCCCCACGUCCGGUAUGGUGCCGCAAUGGCCCUCGGUAUCUCAUGCGCUGGAACUGGCUUGGAUGAGGCCAUCGACCUGCUCGAGCCGAUGCUCAAGGAUUCUACGGACUUUGUAAGGCAGGGAGCUCUGAUCUCCCUAGCUAUGGUGUUGGUUCAGCAAAACGAGGCUAUGAACCCCCGAGUCAGCAGCCUGCGCAAGGCCAUGAUGAAGAUGAUUGGAGAUAGACACGAGGAUGCCAUGGCUAAGUUUGGUUGUGCAGUGGCUCUUGGUAUCAUCGAUGCUGGUGGCCGGAAUUGCACUAUCAGCUUGCAGACGCAGACUGGCAACCUUAACAUGCCGGGAAUUGUCGGUGCUGCUGUGUUUAUUCAAUACUGGUACUGGUUCCCUCUCACCCAUUUCCUGUCACUCAGCUUCGCACCCACAUCCGUGAUCGGUGUGGAUCAGAAACUCGAAGUCCCCUUCUUCAAGUUCCACAGCAACACCAGGCCGAGCCUGUUUGACUAUCCCCCAGAGCAGCAGGUUAAAACCGAGGAGGCACCGGAGAAAAUAAAAACUGCGGUUCUAUCCACCACAGCCCAAGCCAAGCGCCGCGCCCAGCGCCGAGAAAAACAGCAGCGACGGGAGAGUAUGGACAUCGAUCAGACACCUACCACUCCGAAGGUGUCGGAUCAAAUGCAAGAUAGGAUGGAAACGGACGAUGCCGCCACCAAAGUUGAAGACGACACUAAGGAAGGGGAGAAGGAGACCAGCGAUGGUCAAAGAAAGAAGGUGGAACGGGAACGGGUUGGAUAUGAGCUCGAGAACAUGUCAAGGGUCCUCCCCGCUCAACUAAAGUACCUCACAUUCCCCGAUCCGCGGUAUGAGCCGGUCAAACGACCUACUGGUGGAGUAGUUGUCGUGCUAGAUAACAAGCCAGAAGAGGAGCGGGAGACAAUUGAAAUGAAGGCCAGCAAGGAGGUUAGACAGCCUGCAGCAGCGGCAGAGACACUUCAAGACCGGUUGCAAGCUGCCAUUGGUGCGGCCGCCCUCCAGACCCCUCAACGGGGUUCGGGUCGUCUGGCAGAAGCAGCUGCAGGAGCUGCGGCUGCAGCGGGUGUCCUGACAGCGGUGGACGAAGAUGACGAGGAUGACGAGGAGGCUCCCGUUCCCGAGGAGUUCGAAUAUGAAACCGACGCUGACGAGUAAAGUGGGUAGAAAAUCCCGUCCAUUUCUAGCGCUGGUUGUAUUACUAGAUUAAUUAUGGAUCUACAUGUUAUUUGAAAUGACAGCAGUGCUGCUGCCUAACGUUCUUGAAAGGUUUACUUGCAAAUAAAUGCAUAUGAUAUGUGAGAGUCGUGCAACAUAUAGAUGGCAUCGAACGAUUCUAUCGUAUGUAUUUUAUCUUCCAAAUUACAGCUGCAGGAUAGUCCAUAAGUACCCAAGUAC